GCCGCGCGGCCAGGCGGAGGAUCCAGGUGGUGGCUCGCGGAGGCGCUUCCCGACAGUGACGCGCAGACUCAGCUCCCCGCGGCCCGCCCUCCCGCCGGCCUCGCCGCGGUCUCCCUAGCUCCCUGAGAUCGCUGAGCUCUGAACAGCGGCCCAGGGAGGAGGCCUUGGACGUCGCGGCGCGGAGAGGGAGGGCGGGCGGGCAGUGGGAGUGCCGCGGGUCUCUAUAUGGCGACGGCUCUGUCGGGUCUGGCUGUCCGGCUGUCGCGCUCGGCCGCCGCCCGCUCCUAUGGGGUCUUCUGCAAGGGGUUGACCCGCACAUUGCUCAUCUUCUUUGACUUGGCUUGGCGGCUACGCAUCAACUUUCCCUACCUCUACAUCGUGGCUUCCAUGAUGCUCAAUGUGCGUCUGCAGAUGAAGUUUUCAUUGAACAUGUAGCCUUGGACUUGCAGUAUGUAGCUGUGGAUGACCUUCAACUCAUCUACCUCCUGAGUGCUGGAC